CGUUUUGUAAACUCCUUUUGCAGGAUAUUAGAAGGGGAAGAUUUACAGAGGGAAGCUCAAAUCAAACUUCACAUCAAGAUUUAAAACCGUCACUUGAUUCAUCAGCACCUGAAUAUCAUCGGCAAUUGAACGUGGAAGGAGAAAUACUUGUCUGUCGGAAAAGAUUUCAAACAUCAGUGUGACUGGAAAAGCACCGAGACACACACACUCCCGCGUGAGAGUGUUCCAGUGCACUAACUGUGGAAAGAACUUUAACCAGUUAUACAACCUGAAAAAACAUCACACCAUUCACAGCAGGGAGAGGAAGUACAUGUGUUCUGUGUGUGGACAAGGCUUUAAUUGAUUGUCCAACCUGGAGAGAUAUAAGGACUCCGACACCAUGGACAAACCAUGGAAAUGUAUGGAUUGUGGUAAAGGAUUCAAUUAUCCAUCUCAGCUGGAAAUCCAUCGACGCAUUCACACUGGGGAGAAGCCGUUCACCUGUUCCGUGUGUGGGAAGGGAUUCACUCAGACAACCAAACUCAUGUCACACCAGCGAAUUCACACUGAGGAGAGGCCAUUCACCUGCCCUGUAUGUGGGAAGGGAUUUACUCAGACAUCCUGUCUUAUGUUGCACCAGCGAAUUCACACUGAGGAGAGACCGUUCAGCUGCACUUACUGUGAAAAGAGGUUCAGGUCUUCAUCUGACCUCAAUAUACACCAGCGACUUCACACUGGGCAGAAGCCAUUCACUUGCUCUGUGUGUGGGAAGGGAUUCACUCAUUCAUCCGGCCUUAGGUCACAUCAGCGAAUUCAUUCUGAGGAGAAGCCAUUCAACUGUACUUCCUGUAGAAAGAGUUUCAGGCAUUCAUCCGCCCUUGCUGAACACCAGCGAGUUCACACUGGGGAGAGGCCAUUCACCUGCUCUGUGUGUGGGCAGGGAUUUACUCAGUCAUCCAGUUUGCUGAGACACCAGCGAGUUCACACCGGGGAGAAGCCGUUUAGCUGCACUUCUUGUGGAAAGAGUUUCAGGCAGUCAUCCACCCUCAUUGCACACCAGCGAGUUCACACUGGGGAGAAACCAUUCACCUGCUCUGUAUGUGGGAAGGGAUUCACUGUAUCAUCCGCCCUUGAGUCACACCAGCAAAUUCACACUGAGGAGAAGCCAUUCAGCUGCACAGACUGUGGAAAGAGGUUCAGGUGUUCAUCUGCUCUCCUGGCACAUCAGAGAGUUCACACUGGAGAGAGGCCAUUCAACUGCACCGUGUGUGGGAAGAGAUUCACUCGGUCCUUCAACCUAGUGACACAUAAGCGAGUUCAUAAGUGACUGCAGGGGUUGGAUUCUGCUGUUAUCACUGCUGUUAAUCAUAUUCAGGAUUGAUAGUCUGACAAUGUCAAGUUUGUUUCUGCUGAUGUUCACAACUCCUAUAACUGGAUGGAGCUUAAUAUUCUGGAGAUGUCACUGAUACUCGGGGCUGCAGUGUCCCUUUUUAAAAACACCAUCUGUGAUCAUUCCCCUUAAUUCAUGAACUCUGCUGGAAGGUCGGAUCCGUUCCACAGGACAUGCAUGACACAAAAAUAAUCCCAAUUUACAAAAACAAAGGGGACAGAGGAGAUUGCAACAAAAACUUUGUCCACCAAAGUUCCUCUGUCUCAUCGACUCCUUUCAUGACAACAUACCUUGUACUGUACAGUUUGGCAGCUCCACUUCUGACAGUUUCAGGGUGUAGAAUGGAGUGAAACAGGGCUGUGUCCGAGUCCCCAAUUUGUUUGGCAAUUUUUUCUCGAUGUUCCUGACCUUGGCCUUCCCUGCAGAUAUGGAAGGAGUUUCCCUGAAUACUCGGUCAGACGGCAAACUCCACAAUCUGUCCAGACUGAAAGUGAAGACAAAAUACAGCCUGUCUCGAUCACAGACCUCCUCGAUGCUGAUGAUGUCAUGCUUGUGACUCACACAGAAACUCAGCUACAAAGACUCAUGGACUGUCUCUCCUGUGUCUGUAACUUGUUCUCCCUUACUGUAAACAUCAAGAAAACUGUGGUUUGGGGACUGGGUGUCCGUUCUUGAUCACACUGGAAGUGGCCAGUGAAAUCUGUGACUUUGGGUCCACAAUGACAGACAAUCUAUUUCUUGAUGCAGAACUCGAUACACACAUCAGGAAAGCGGCUCCCCAUUUGGCCGACUCACAUCAAGCUGCCUCUCAGCACCAAGAUGCUGGUUUAUGAGGCCUGUGUCCUCAGCAUAUUGUUGUCUGUCAGUGAAACGUGGACGAUUUACAGUGAUCAGGAAAGGAAGCUCAACAACUUUCACUUUCGCUGUUUGCAGCACAUUCUGGGCCUCUCGGUACAGAAUCAGGAAUGUGGCUGUCCUCUCAAAGACAAAUCUCCCAAAUACUUUGGCUCUCAUCAACUUCACUGGCUCUGAAGAAGAGUCAUAUGGACUUGUCACAUUAACUGUUUCUCUCUCCACAGAUGCUGUCAGACCUGCUGGGUUUUUCCAGAAUUUUUUGUUUCUACCCCAUUAGAGGCUUCUGGCCUCCCUUCCAUGGUCUUGUCCAUGUCUGGGUGGCUCUGGAGAGGGAGCAUGUGGUGUCCACUCAUACGGCUGAUACUUUCCACCACUGGUGGGUACCUUAAGGAUAUCAGAAAGAGAUGAUUUGAAGAUGGGAAACUCAAACCAAACAUCUCAUCACAAUCUGACAGAGUCACUCGAUUCAUCAGGACCUGAAUAUCAUCAGUCUUUGAAUGUCGAAGGAAAAAUGUUUGUUCUGAUUGUGGGAAAAGAUUUCAAGCAUCAGUGUGGCUGGAAAAGCACCGAGACACACACACCCGAGUGAGAGUGUUCCAGUGCACUGACUGUGGAAAGAGCUUUAACCAGUUACACAGCCUGAAAUAAUGUCACAACAUUCACAGCAGGGAGAAACUGUACAUAUGUUCUGUCUGCAGAUGAGGCUUCAACUGAUCGUCCAACCUGGAGAGACACAAAGACACUGAGACCACAAAGAAACCGUGGAAAUGUGGGGAGUGUGGGAAGGGAUUCACUUGCCCAUCCCAGCUGGAAGCUCAUCGACGCACUCACACUGGGGAGAGACCGUACACCUGCUCCGUGUGUGGGAAGGG